CCAAAUCACCGUCGAUUCUACUUUGAUUGGCAGAGCUAGGGUUUUUCUAGAGAGAAAGAAAAAGUGAAGAUCUAGGGUUUUAGCAAAGAUGUUUUUGGGAGCGCUUCGAAGGCCAGACAAGGCGACGGCCCACAAGGAACUGAAGAAGCAUCUGUCUCUAAUGGCCGCUUGGAUCGCCGUGAUCCGAGUCACGCCCUACGUCCUUCACUACCUCUCUCAAGAGAAGGAGGAGCUCAAGCUCGAGCUCUGAUUCCUCUCCUCCUCUCCCUCGUCGAUUUGGGUGCUUCACAGCCUAAGUACUUUUAGAGGGGGGAUCAGGAGCUUGAAGUAAGAAGUCACCACCUUUAUUUAUCUGAUAUUCAGUUUCUAUGUAAAAUCAUGGAAGAUUUUAUCUACUCGUUGUGUCCGACAUAAUGUUCCUUUUAAGCUUUGUUGCUUCUUGGUAGGCAAGCUUUGUCAACUGCGGUAUACAACUGUUUGAUUCCAUUGUUCAUGCAUUCGGCAUAAUGGGCUGUUUUAAAUUUCAUGGCUUAAUUGUACCCCAGAGUGUUUGAUGUUUGGCAACAAUAAUUAUAUUGUUGUGCGCAUAAACUCGUU